GGUGUCGUUUCUUUAUUCAUUCCUGUCAUCGUUGUCUUGGCCAAAACCCUAAACCCCUAAGUACUAGAGGAACAAGGAGAGAACCGUCUCCUUCCCUCUCUCUGCCAAGUUCAAAAGAGAACCCAAAAAAGAAAUGGGAAUUUUCGAACCCUUUAGAGCAAUAGGAUACAUCACAAGCACGGUUCCUUUCUCUGUUCAGAGGUUGGGCACUGAAACUUUCGUCACCGUCAGUGUCGGCAAAGCUUGGCAGAUUUAUAACUGUGCUAAGCUCAAUUUGGUGCUUGUUGGUCCUCAACUGCCAAAAAAGAUUCGAGCUCUUGCUUCUUAUCGUGACUACACAUUUGCUGCAUAUGGGAACGAUAUUGCAGUAUUUAAGCGUGCGCAUCAGGUGGCAACUUGGAGUAGGCAUAAUGCCAAGGUCAAUUUGUUGCUACUGUUUGGAGAGCAAAUCCUCAGCAUUGAUGUUGGUGGUAAUAUGUUCAUGUGGGCAUUUAAAGGUAUCCAACAGAAUCUUGCUCCAAUCGGACAUGUUAUGCUAGAAGACAAGUUCAGCCCAAGCUGUAUAAUGCAUCCAGAUACUUACCUAAACAAGGUGAUUCUUGGGAGCGAGGAAGGCUCUCUGCAACUUUGGAACAUUAGCACAAAACAAAAGCUGUAUGAGUUCAAAGGCUGGAAAUCAUCUAUAUGUUGUUGUGUUUCGUCACCUGCACUAGAUGUUGUUGCAGUCGGCUGCGCUGAUGGAACUAUUCACAUUCACAACAUUCGAUAUGAUGAGGAGAUAGUUACAUUUAGUCACUCUACACGAGGUGCUGUGACCGCCUUGUCUUUUAGCACUGAUGGACGACCUCUUGUAGCAUCUGGAGGUUCAUCUGGUGUUAUAAGCAUAUGGAAUCUAGAGAAAAGAAGGCUCCAAUCAGUCAUAAGAGAGGCUCACGAUAGUUCAAUAAUUUCUCUACAUUUCUUUGCCAAUGAGCCAGUGCUGAUGAGUUCAUCUGCAGACAACUCCAUAAAAAUGUGGAUUUUUGACACAAGUGAUGGGGAUCCUCGUCUUCUUCGCUUCAGAAGUGGGCAUAGUGCUCCUCCACUUUGCAUAAGUUUCUAUGCCAAUGGGAGGCAUGUUCUAUCUGCUGGUCAAGAUCGCGCUUUUCGUCUUUUCUCUGUCAUCCAGGACCAACAAAGUAGAGAGCUUUCUCAACGUCAUGUAACUAAAAGAGCUAAGAAACUCAGGGUGAAGGAGGAAGAGAUAAAGUUGAAGCCUGUUAUUGCAUUUGAUUUUGCUGAAAUUAGGGAGCGCGAUUGGUGCAAUGUGGUUACAUGUCAUAUGGAUACUGCACAAGCAUAUGUAUGGAGACUUCAAAACUUUGUCCUUGGGGAGCAUAUCCUGAAACCAUGUCCUGAAAAUCAAUCACCUGUUAAGGCCUGCGCCAUCAGUGCAUGUGGCAAUUUUGCUGUUCUAGGGACCGCAGGUGGUUGGAUUGAGCGAUUUAAUCUUCAAUCAGGAAUCAGCCGAGGCAGUUAUGUGGACUUAUCAGAAAGAAGAAGCUGUGCUCAUGAUGGAGAAGUGGUUGGAGUUGCUUGUGAUUCGACAAAUACCUUAAUGAUAAGUGCAGGCUAUCAUGGGGAUAUAAAGGUUUGGGAUUUCAAGGGCCGUGAGCUAAAAUCCAGAUGGGAAAUUGGUUGUGCUGUGGUGAAGAUUGUUUAUCAUCGUUCUAAUGGUCUUUUAGCUACUGCAACUGAUGAUUUGGUUAUCCGGUUGUUUGAUGUUGUGGCGUUAAGAAUGGUUCGGAAAUUUGAAGGUCAUAUAGACCGUGUUACAGACUUGUGUUUCAGUGAGGAUGGUAAAUGGCUUUUGACAUCCAGCAUGGACGGGACACUUAGAAUUUGGGAUGUUAUCUUAGCAAGACAAAUAGAUGCUAUUCAUGUUGAUGUGUCUGUAACAGCACUGUCUCUUUCACCCAAUAUGGAUGUUUUAGCAACUACUCAUGUUGAUCAAAAUGGGGUCUAUCUGUGGGUUAAUCAGACAAUGUUCUCUGGAUCUUCUAACAUCGAUUCUUAUGCAAGUGGGAAGGAAGUUGUGAGUGUUAAGUUGCCUUCUGUCUCUUCAACAGAAGGUUCUCAUAAGGAUUCUGAGAAACCUGAUUUGAAUCACUUACAAUUCAGGGAUGACUUUCAAAACCCACAUUUCCAUGAGAAAAUCCCAGAUCUAGUCACACUCUCACUAUUGCCCAAGAGUCAGUGGCAAAGCUUGAUCAAUUUAGAUAUCAUAAAGAUUCGCAACAAACCAAUUGAGCCUCCAACAAAAGCUGAAAAGGCGCCUUUCUUCUUGCCUUCAGUUCCAACACUUUCUGGGCAAAUAGUAUUUGAACCCAGUGAGAUUUCUAGUGAAAAGAGGGUUGCAGAAGGUGAUGAACUGGAAAACAGUAGAUCUGAUUUGCCGCAAUCUCAGUUUUUGCAACUUCUGCAGUCCUCAGCAGUGAAGAAAAGUUUUUCAGUCUUCACUGAUUAUAUUAAAAGUUUAUCCCCUUCUACUUUGGAUGUGGAAUUGCGGAUGCUUCAAAUUAUAGAUGAUGAUAAUGAGCAAGAACCUGAUACAAGACCUGACUUAUUUCCAAUUGAACUGCUGUUGGAUUAUUUCAUACAUGAGAUUUCUUGCAGAAACAAUUUUGAGUUUAUACAAGCUGUUAUCAGAUUGUUUUUAAAGAUCCAUGGUGAAACAAUUCGGCGUCAGUCAAACCUACAGGAUAAAGCAAAGAAGCUUCUAGAGGUUCAGUGUGCAGUAUGGCAAAGCGUGGAUAAGUUGUUCCAAAGUUCCAGAUGCAUGGUUACAUUUCUAAGCAAUUCACAGUUUUAAGUCUUCUCAGGUACUGUUGUUUGUAUUCAUUCUGAUGCUAAAUUUUGUCGAUUCUGAGUAGUCAUUGCUAGUAUUCCUUUGUAACAAGAUCAGUCAUUUUGGCAGUACUUAGAAGGUCCAAGCACUUCAAAUGGCUGAACUACAUUAAAACAGUAUAUUUUUUGUAUUAGGCUCUCUUCGCUAAAGAGGACUGGGAAAAUAUGGAAGCACAUUCAAUUGGAUUAUGUGCACUUAAGAUGUUUUGUGUCUUGUGAUUAUGAACCAGUGUGAAUGUACAUCAUGAGUCUUGCUUUUGUAAGGAAGAUGAUUGAGCUUCC